AUGCCGGCCGUGUCCAAGGGCGAUGGGAUGCGGGGGCUCGCGGUGUUCAUCUCCGACAUCCGGAACUGUAAGAGCAAGGAGGCAGAGAUUAAGAGGAUCAACAAGGAACUAGCCAACAUCCGCUCCAAGUUCAAAGGGGACAAAGCUUUGGAUGGCUACAGUAAGAAAAAAUAUGUGUGUAAACUGCUCUUCAUCUUCCUCUUGGGCCACGACAUCGACUUUGGUCACAUGGAGGCGGUGAACCUGCUGAGCUCCAAUAAAUACACUGAGAAGCAGAUAGGUUACCUGUUCAUCUCGGUGCUGGUGAACUCGAACUCGGAGCUGAUCCGGCUCAUCAACAAUGCCAUCAAGAACGACCUAGCCAGCCGCAAUCCCACCUUCAUGUGCCUGGCCCUGCACUGCAUUGCGAACGUGGGCAGCCGUGAGAUGGGCGAGGCCUUCGCCUCCGACAUCCCCCGCAUCCUAGUGGCUGGGGAUAGCAUGGACAGCGUGAAGCAGAGUGCCGCCCUGUGUCUGCUUCGACUCUACAAAGCCUCUCCUGACCUGGUGCCCAUGGGCGAGUGGACGGCCCGUGUGGUGCACCUACUCAAUGAUCAGCACAUGGGUGUGGUCACGGCCGCUGUCAGCCUCAUCACCUGCCUCUGCAAGAAAAACCCAGAUGACUUCAAGACCUGCGUCUCCCUGGCUGUGUCGCGCCUGAGCCGGAUCGUCUCGUCAGCCUCCACCGAUCUCCAGGACUACACCUACUACUUCGUCCCGGCCCCCUGGCUCUCGGUGAAGCUCCUACGACUGCUACAGUGCUACCCGCCUCCCGAGGACGCAGCGGUGAAGGGACGGCUGGUGGAGUGUCUGGAAACUGUGCUCAACAAGGCUCAGGAGCCACCCAAGUCCAAGAAGGUGCAGCACUCCAACGCCAAGAACGCCAUCCUGUUUGAGACCAUCAGCCUCAUCAUCCACUACGACAGCGAGCCCAACCUGCUCGUCCGUGCCUGCAACCAGCUGGGCCAGUUUCUGCAGCACCGCGAGACCAAUCUGCGUUACCUGGCGCUGGAGAGCAUGUGCACGCUGGCCAGUUCCGAGUUCUCCCAUGAGGCCGUCAAGACACACAUCGACACUGUCAUCAACGCCCUCAAGACUGAGCGGGACGUCAGUGUACGGCAGCGGGCGGCUGACCUUCUCUACGCCAUGUGUGACCGGAGCAACGCCAAGCAGAUUGUAUCCGAGAUGCUGAGGUACCUGGAGACAGCUGACUACGCCAUCCGGGAAGAGAUCGUCCUGAAGGUGGCCAUCCUAGCUGAGAAGUAUGCUGUGGACUACAGCUGGUACGUGGACACCAUCCUCAACCUCAUCCGCAUCGCAGGCGACUACGUGAGCGAGGAGGUGUGGUACCGUGUGCUGCAGAUUGUCACCAACCGUGAUGAUGUCCAGGGUUACGCAGCCAAGACCGUCUUUGAGGCGCUCCAGGCCCCAGCCUGUCAUGAGAACAUGGUGAAAGUUGGCGGCUACAUCCUUGGGGAGUUUGGAAACCUGAUUGCUGGGGACCCUCGUUCCAGCCCCCCAGUGCAGUUCUCCUUGCUCCACUCCAAGUUCCACCUGUGCAGUGUGGCCACACGGGCCCUGUUGCUGUCCACCUACAUCAAGUUCAUCAACCUCUUCCCUGAAACCAAGGCUACCAUCCAGGGGGUGCUGCGGGCUGGCUCCCAGCUGCGCAAUGCCGACGUGGAGCUACAGCAACGUGCUGUCGAGUACCUCACCCUCAGCUCCGUGGCCAGCACCGACGUCCUGGCCACAGUGCUGGAGGAGAUGCCUCCCUUCCCUGAGCGUGAGUCCUCUAUCCUGGCCAAGCUGAAACGCAAGAAGGGGCCAGGGGCAGCCAGUGCCCUGGAUGACAGCCGCAGGGACCCCAGUAGCAAUGACAUCAAUGGGGGUGUGGAACCCACCCCCAGCACCGUGUCAACGCCCUCACCGUCCGCUGACCUCCUGGGGCUGCGGGCAGCCCCUCCGCCAGCAGCAGCCCCAGCUCCCGCCAGUGCAGGCAACCUCCUGGUCGAUGUCUUCUCGGACGGGCCAGCCGCCGUGCCCAGCCUGGGACCCACGCCUGAGGAGGCCUUCCUCAGCGAGCUGGAGCCGCCUGCCCCCGAGAGCCCCAUGGCUCUGCUGGCCGACCCAGCCCCAGCUGCUGACCCAGGUCCUGAGGACGUCGGGCCCCCUAUCCCAGAGGCUGAUGAACUGAUGAAUAAGUUCGUGUGCAAGAACAAUGGGGUCCUGUUUGAGAACCAGCUACUGCAGAUUGGAGUCAAGUCUGAGUUCCGGCAGAACCUGGGCCGCAUGUAUCUCUUCUAUGGCAACAAGACCUCGGCGCAGUUCCAGAACUUCUCACCCUCCGUCAUCCACCCUGGAGACCUCCAGACUCAGCUGGCUGUGCAGACCAAGCGCGUGGCAGCACAGGUGGACGGUGGGGCGCAGGUGCAGCAGGUACUCAACAUCGAGUGCCUGCGGGACUUCCUGGCACCCCCACUGCUGUCGGUGCGCUUCCGGUAUGGGGGCUCUUCCCAGUCCCUCACCCUGAAGCUCCCCGUCACCAUCAACAAGUUCUUUCAGCCGACAGAGAUGGCCGCCCAGGACUUCUUCCAACGCUGGAAACAGCUGAGCCUCCCCCAGCAGGAAGCACAGAAAAUCUUCAAAGCCAACCAUCCCAUGGACGCAGAGGUGACCAAGGCCAAGCUCCUGGGGUUUGGCUCUGCCCUCCUGGACAACGUGGAUCCCAAUCCUGAGAACUUCGUGGGGGCUGGGAUCAUCCAGACGAAAGCCCUACAGGUGGGCUGCCUGCUCCGGCUGGAGCCCAACGCCCAAGCCCAGAUGUACCGGCUGACCCUGCGCACCAGCAAGGAGCCCGUCUCUCGUCACCUCUGUGAGCUGCUGGCCCAGCAGUUCUGA